AUGGAGGGGCAGACCCCAGGAGGUGGAGGCCUUUCAGAAAAGCCGGUCCCCAUGACCUCCGGCCCUGGCCUGUCCUCGCUGGGUGCCGUCUUCAUCCUUCUGAAGUCCGCACUGGGCGCUGGCCUACUCAACUUUCCAUGGGCCUUCCACAAGGCUGGGGGAGUGGCCCCCGCUUUCCUCGUGGAGCUGGUCUCCCUGGUCUUCCUGAUCAGCGGGCUGGUCGUCCUGGGCUACGCUGCCUCCGUCAGCGGCCAGGCCACCUACCAAGGCGUGGUCGGAGGGCUGUGUGGCCCUGCCAUCGGCAAGCUGUGUGAGGCCUGCUUCGUCGUCAACCUGCUCAUGAUCUCCGUGGCCUUCCUCAGGGUGGUCGGCGACCAGCUGGAGAAGCUGUGGGACUUCAUCCUGCCCAGCACCCCGCCGGCCCCGCAGCCCUGGUACACUGACCAGCGCUUCACCCUGACUCUGCUCUGUGCGCUGGUCAUCCUGCCCCUCUCCACGCCGCGGGAGAUCGGUUUCCAGAAAUACACAAGCAUCCUAGGCACCCUGGCCGCCUGCUACCUGGCCCUGGUCAUCAUGGCGCAGUACUACCUCAGGCCCCAAGACCUCGCCCGUGAGCCCCGCCUGGCGUCCAGUUCCUCCUCCUGGACCUCUGUAUUUAGUGUCUUCCCCACCAUCUGUUUUGGAUUUCAGUGUCACGAAGCCGCUGUGUCCAUCUACUGCAGCAUGCGCCACCAGAGCCUCGGGCACUGGACCCUGGUCUCCGUGCUGUCCUUGCUGGCCUGCUGCCUCGUCUACUCGCUGACAGGUGCGUACGGCUUCCUGACCUUCGGGACAGACGUGUCUGCUGACAUCCUGAUGUCCUACCCAGGCAGCGACGGGGUCGUCAUCGUUGCCCGGGUCCUCUUUGCUGUGUCCAUCAUGACUGCCUACCCCAUCGUGCUCUUCCUGGGAAGGUCGGUGAUGCAGGACUUCUGGAGGCGGGGCUGUGGUGGGGCAUGUGGGCCGUGGGCCCUGGCCGAGCCCUCGGGGCUGUGGGUCCGGAUGCCGCUGACCGUGCUCUGGGUCACCGCGACACUCACCAUGGCCCUGUUCCUGCCCGACCUCAGCGAGAUCAUCGGCAUCAUUGGCGGCAUCAGCUCCUUCUUCAUCUUCGUCUUCCCAGGUCUGUGCCUCAUUUGUGCGGUCAGCGUGGAGCGCAUCGGACCCCGAGUUAAGUGCUGCCUGGAGGCCUGGGGGGUGGUCUCCGUGCUGGUUGGUGCCUUCAUCUUCGGGCAGAGCAUGGUGGCGGCCGUCAUGGAGCUGCUGUAGGGAGCGGCCCGCGCUCCAGCAGGACGGGGGCCCCUGCAGCCGCCUGCAUCUGGCCGUGAGAACCAUGUGACCUCUUCAUUAAGAAGCUGGAGAAACUGACUCUUCCGUCCUUCCCAGGCUGUGCCUCUGGGCUUCUGCUGGGUCCCAGGGUGUCUGGUGCGGUGGUGAGAGGUGGCCUAGGCCCUGCACGUGACCACGGACCUGGGGGCUUCAGGUCAGAGCGGCGGGAGCUCAGUCUGGAGCCUGGGAGUCUGGGGUCAGGGUGUGUACGGGGCUAUGCACCCUCUCCCUGCCUGCCACCUCCAGCCCCCUGGUGCUCCUGGGCGUGUCUGCACCCGCCAUCUCUGCCUCCAGCUACCUGUGUGUCCAUGUGUCCCUAUUAGAGGGCCCAGGGUCCUCAUUUGAUAUGACCUCAUCUUAGUUACUUACUUGGAAUGUGCAAAGAGCCUCUUUCCAAGUAAGGUCACAUUCACCGUUUCCUGGGGGUUAGGACUGCAGCUUAUGUUUCUGAGGGACAGUUCACCCCAUAACUGGGGGAUAGGUGCUGAGGCCCAGGGAACUCUGCUCUGGGGUGUUGGGGUCAAAGACAUGAGAUGAGGGCAUGGCUCGGUGGAGGAGAGCCCGGGGGGCUGGGGGUGCCAUUUGCUGGGGAUGGCAGGGCACUCAAGCUGGUGCUCAGGCCAGGGCACGGGGGACCCGAGUAGAUGUAUACCCCGAGUUGGCCUCUCUCCAGUGGGUGGGACCCCAAGGAGAGGCCCCUGUCUUCCCACUGGCUGGACCAGAAGAGCCUGGAGGCCAAGCGUGCUGUCUGCUCUGUGGGUCCCUCCCGACCCCACCCCGAUUCUGGGCUGAGGAGCCGUGCCUGCAGCCGUGGUGCAGCAGGGUCUGCGGGGUCAGGGUGGAGGACUGGCCACUGCUGCUGCAUCGAGCUACUGUGCUCACUCGUGCUGAGCCUGCCCAGGGCCUGGGACCCCUGGACGGACGUGGCUGGAUCCAGGCCGCUCCUCUCCCGCCCUGGGACGUCCACCGGAAGCCAGCGGUGCCCGCGCCUGCAGGGGCUGACACCUGAGGACACCUCCCCCAGGACGUGAACUUGUCUUCCCACCGCGGCCUGGUAACGCCAACUUGACAGAGGAGCCUCUAACUCACUGACAGAAGACACUGAUGUCUGGUUAAAGGAGACGUGAAGGGGAGAGUAUCUGUAAAUAAAAUUGCUCUUGGGUCCGCAAUUUUGUACCUGCUGCUCCAGUAGCUCAGUGUUUUUCCUGGAGCUCGGGCUCCAUUCAAAAACUGGAGUACUGUUUAGAGCCGCCAGCCCAGGAGGAGGGUGUGCACCGCAGUCUGACAGGUGGGUGGCCAGCGGCCCCGUUUACUGACGGGUGCUUUAAAAUUCACCUGUAGCCCACCAUCAAGGAAGUGAGGGGGAAACUUAUCUUGCCAGUUAGAGCAGUAGAUGCUUUCUUGGCCCUGGAGUCCUGUGAAACCCUUGGGGGAGGGAAGGUGGUGCUGGGAAAGAAAUGGGGGUUAAAUUAUGUAGGAGGGGGUGUUCACAUCUUCUGCCCUCUCCCAGAGCCAGGACAACUGUCUUACCUGUGCCAGGCAGGCCCUCGCUCACCAGCUGCGUCAUCCAGUCAAGGGUGGCUUUACAUGAAACAGGGGCCAUAGCUAUUUCGCAUGUUUGACUUUCCACAGGUACAAAAAUGGUUUCGGUUUUUGGUAGAUUUCCGGAAAGUGCACACAGUGUCGGAACUUUACAUUUUAUAUACCUGUUAUUCACUCACCAAGUCGUGUCCGACUCUUGGGGACUCCAUGGACUGCACUAGGCUUCCCUGUCCCUCCCCAUCUCCCGUAGUUUGCCCAAGAUUUUCUAUGCUAGCAUUUGGCAGUUAGUAUUUUAUAGGAACCAUAGUUCUUGGUGGCUACAUAAGUAGAUAUAAUAAUUAUAAACUAUGUAAUACAUAUACACACACAUACCUGCAUCUGUGACUUUUUUGUAUACUAAGUACUGUUUCAAUGUUACAGUCAUUUUUAGAGUUAUUGCAAUGAGUAUCACGUGUUCUCAAAUCUGUAGAAGUCCAGCCUGCCACACUCUGGGCUCGGGGCCGCCUCCCAGCCACCUGGUGCCCAGGGCCCCAGCCUUCCUGCCUCGAGGCCCCUCUCUGUUCAGCACUCACUCGUGGACUACACUUCCUAGCAGCUAAGAGAACAGAAGGCUUCCUGGGUGGCUCAGUGGUAAGGAACCCGCCAGCUAAAGCAGGAGACUCAGGUUCGAUCCCUGGGUCAAG